AUGUCGUCCAAGUCUGCCGCUGCUAUCUUGCAACGACAAUUUAAAGAUCUUACGGACCCGAAGAAGGGCAUCCCGUCGUUCCACAUAGAGUUGGACAACGACAACAUAUUCUUGUGGAACAUCGGCAUCAUGGUGUUGAAUGAAAGCUCCAUGUACCAUGGUGGCUACUUUAAGGGACAGAUGAGAUUCCCGCCUGAGUUUCCCUUCUCGCCUCCGACGUUUAGAUUCACCCCUGCUAUAUACCACCCUAACGUCUAUAGGGACGGCAGGUUAUGCAUUUCCAUUUUGCACCAGGGCGGUGACCCUACCCUGGAAGAACCUGACAGUGAAACCUGGUCUCCAGCACAAACCGUGGAGUCCGUAUUGAUUUCCAUUAUAUCGUUGUUGGAAGACCCUAACGUUUCAUCUCCAGCCAAUAUUGAUGCCUCCGUGGAAUUAAGGAAGAACCCAGACGCCUACAAGAAGAGAGUGUUACAGGAAGUUGAAAGAUCCAAGAUCGAUAUCCCUGAAGAUUUCGUCAUGCCCGAAUCUGAGCAUUUGGCCUACGGUAACGGGAACUCCAUCAACAACGAAGUUGAGCAGGAACCUGUUGAUGAAGAUUUUUGGUAUGACAGCGAAGAGGAGAGCUUCGACGAGGAAAGCUUGAUGGAUGAUAUGGAAGACGAGGAAGAAGAGGAAGAGGAAGAAGAAGAGGAAGAUGUUAAUAUGAAGUGA